CCUGGGAACUGGAACUUCUGUAUUUCGCGCUUCAGCGGUGAGGGUUUCCUUUGACAGUAACAUCUCCGAACAUAUGGCAACGGCGGUUAAACUAUACUUUUCCGAUUGUGAGAAAAGAAAGUUCUGUUCUGCAGCUUUGCUGUAGGGCUUCCAGAGAAAUACUUUCAGAAAUACUUUUUAGUCCUGAAAUGCUACCUCCAGCAGCCACAGGUCUAACCUAUACCCCUCCAGAUGGUGGAUGGGGAUGGGAGGUGGUAUUUGGAGCAUUCAUAUCCAUUGGAUUUUCAUAUGCUUUCCCUAAAGGCAUAGCAAUCUUCUACAAAGAAAUCCAGGAUUUCUUUGGCACCUCAUAUAGUGAGAUUGCAUGGGUGUCUUCAAUUAUGUUGGCUGCUACCUAUGGUGGAGGUCCUAUUAGCAGUGUUUUAGUGAGCCGGUUUGGUAGCCGACCAGUGGUCAUAUUCGGCGGGCUGCUAUGUGGCAUAGGGAUGGUCUCCGCUGCCUUCUGCACAAGCAUUUUUCAGCUCUACAUUUGCGCAGGACUUAUCACAGGGCUUGGCCUUGCCUUUAAUCUCCAACCGUCUGUGAUCAUCAUUGGAAAGUACUUCCUGAAAAGACGACCCCUCGCCAAUGGUCUUGCCAUGGCAGGAAGCCCCGUCAUGCUGUUUAUACUUGCCCCUCUGAACCAGUUGCUUUUUGACAACUUUGGCUGGAGGGGGAGCUUUCUUAUUCUUGGGGGAAUUUUGAUGAACUGUUGUGUGGCUGGAGCUCUCUUCAGGCCCAUUGGAGCAGCGACAGGCCCCACUAAGAGUCAAAAAGAGAAACCAGCUAUCGAAACUCUAGAAGAACAGCCAGAAACGGGAACAGCUGAGCUGCCUGGGCCUGGCAAGGAAGAGGAGGAGAAGGACAGAGACUGUUGUGAAAACUUUAACAAGUACCUUGAUCUCUCUCUUUUCAAGCAUAGAGGUUUCCUGAUAUAUUUGGUAGGAAAUAUGCUCAUGUUUCUGGGAUUUUUUGCCCCAUUGGUCUUUUUGGCUCCUUAUGCAAAGAGCCUUGAAAUUGAUGAAUAUUCUGCAGCUUUUCUCCUUUCUAUUCUUGCCAUUGUUGAUAUGGUAGCCAGACCAGCUACCGGACUCAUUGCUAACAGCCGAUGGGUAAGACCAAAGAUUCAAUAUUUUUUCAGCUUCUCCAUUAUUUUCAAUGGUGUCUGUCAUCUCCUGUGUCCUUUAGCAACAAGCUACUCAGGCCUCGCAGUGUAUUCAGGCUUUUUUGGCUUGGCUUUUGGUAUGGUUUGUGCAAUGUUGUUUGAAACGCUCAUGGACCUUGUUGGCGCCAGCCGAUUCACAAGUGCCGUAGGACUGGUCACCAUAAUGGAAUGUUGUACCAUACUGCUUGGACCACCUAUUGGAGGAACUCUUAUUGAUGCUUUUGGGGACUACAAGUACAUGUUCAUUAAAUGUGGCAUAGUGAUGGUCUUGGCUGGGUUGUUCCUGUUCAUCAUGAAUUACUACAAUUACCGGAAGCUUGCAAAAGAGGAGAAAAGGAAAAAGCAUGACGUGGCACCUAAGGACAGACAGUAAAGAGGACAAUAUAUGGAGCACGGAACUGAAGCAGGAAGGCCCCGAAACAACCCCGUUAAGAGCUGGAGAGAAAAGCUUAGACGAAGAAGCCAGUGGCACAAACUAGUCCUAAGUCUGUUUUCCUGACUAGGAAAUGGCUCAUUUCUGUUUGUUUCUUAAAAUGACUAUACAUGAAUCAUGUGAAAUUUCUCUUCAGCCUUUAUAUGCUAUAUUGUUUCUGUGCUUGGUCUAAAAGCCUAGAAGGAAAUACCAAGCCUAGCUCAGCAUGAAUAGCUGAUAAAUAUGUCUUGCUUCUUUCUACACCCCCUGCAAAUCAGUACAAACUACCUUCAAUAAGUUUCUGUCACUGCUGGGCGCAAUUGAUGCCUUUUCCUUGUUCAAGCUAGUCCUAGCCCUGAAAGUGUUUGAAAGUUGUGCAGGAAAGAGGGGAAGUUGCCGUGAUUUCUUAGGGAAUGUCCCUGUUGCAGCUUCUUUUGCCUUCAGUUCAAUAUUUUGGCACAUAUAUGAGGGCUAUUUACAGUAAAGUGGGCUCCUUCUUGUCUGCUGUGUGGACCCGCAGGAUGUGCAGUAUCUGGGCAUCCGGUGGCAAUCUGGUGAAUUGAGUGAGGUGGUAACAUGCACAUGAGGCAGUUUAGGCGUGCCAUGAGGUAGGGCAGCUGCGAGGACCCAGGGCUACUGCUAGGCCGAUUGCUGCUGAUUUCUAUCUCACAUGCCUGCCCUUCCCUUGUCCACUACACGCACUCAUUGCCACAUUCACUGCUUAGCAUCAUUUGGGUGUGUGUGGGUGGUGAGGGAAAAUGGCACUUUUGGUAGCACUGGGAGGGAGGGAAUGUGGCUCAGUCGUACAGCCUCUGCUUGUCAGGCAGAAAAUUUCAGGCUCAACCCUCUACAUCUCCAGUUUAAAAGGAUCAGUUUGGGUAAUGCCAAGACCUCUACCUGAGACCCUGGAGAGCUGCUGCCAGUCUGAGUAGACAGUACUGACUUUGAGGGACCAGUGGUCUGAUUCAGUAUAAGGCAGCUUCCUAUGUUCAAGAUCAGGUGUCCCAGCUGUGCACUGCCUGGCAUCAUCAUGGAAAAGGUGUGUGUGCAGGUAUGACCGAGAGUGGCAGAAGGACUCAAGUGGGAAGAAGGGCAUGUAAACAAGUAGGAGUGAAGUGGGUGAGCAACAAGGAAGGCCAGACAGAACUGGUUGCGGGCAGAGGGGAGGAGGGCUUCCCUAGGCACUCUGUGCCCAGGGCUCUAAAACCUGGAACUGGCCCUGCUCACAUACAUACAUACACACAUGCUGGGCAAACGUUUCCUAAGAUAAGAUGGACCUUCAAAAGCUAAAUUCUGCCAUUGAUUUAUCUCUGUGAGAAAUCCUCAACUGACCAGGUAAUAUGUCCAUUGUAGAAUUAUCAGCUGCCUGGAGGGAAAAAAUAUCUUCGCCUUUUAAUAGAGGCUUAAAGUGUGGAAACAGGUAGCUGAAGUUUUCCAUGGCAUGGUAAAUAACAUCAUCUGGUAAAUAACAUCCCAUUAAGCCUCAGUUAAAGAGACAGAGGUUAUUUUUUCUCCAGGCAGUUGACAACCCUAGUCUAUUGCAGAAGGGAUUCUUCAGGAGUCUAAUAUGAACAAACCUUGUCUAAAAUAUUUGCAACUGUAGAAGACGCUCUUGUGCAAUUCAGCUUGUAUUGAUUUUCCAUCAGCCGUGCUUUCUAAAAUUAAAAUGAAUUUGCUAAUACAAAGGCUGUA